AUGCAGCUAGGUGGCAGCGUUCCUCGGGGUAACGACUGGUCGGCAGUCCUACCAAACGGUGUCUUCGGCGCGAAGCGACCGCCACCGUGUCCACGCGGUCUGGGUCCGACUCCCACCGCGGUUAAUUUCCUCCAGCUGGAACUCGGUCACAAGCCGGAACCGCAAAAUCAAGCCUCCCAACUGGUCUAUGGCAUUGGGAACAAAGAAUCUGCUCGAGGUGACAGAGGGUCGCAGACUGGACCUGCAAGCUGCUUUGAAAUGAAAGAGCUCCUUGGACUAGGUAAGUCCCUUUCGUUCCUACGUCUAGAAAUUACUCAGUUUCAUCAGUGUUAG